GUCAGUCCCAGAGCAGGCUCCCUCAUCUACUUCUCUUGCCUUCUCCUCCUUGGUGAGCAAGGUCCACCUCCAUCCCACAGCCAUGUCCUGCUACGAUCUGUGCCGUCCCUGUGGGCCAACCCCACUGGCCAACAGCUGCAACGAGCCCUGUAUCAGGCAGUGCCAGGACUCCCGUGUGGUGAUCCAGCCCUCUCCCGUGGUGGUGACCCUGCCCGGACCCAUCCUCAGCUCCUUCCCCCAGAACACCGCCGUGGGAUCCUCAGCAUCUGCUGCUGUUGGCAGCAUCCUGAGUGAGGAGGGAGUGCCCAUCAACUCUGGGGGCUUCAGCCUCUCUGGCCUUGGUGGUCGCUACUGCGGCAGAAGGAGCUUGCCCUGCUAAACCCAGGCUGGACGUCCAUCAACCAGGAAGCCCAAAACCAGGUGUCAGACUGAGGCUGGAGCUGCUGGCCAGGGUUGCCAGAUGAGUUCAGUGCUCCUCUCCCUCCCUGAAAAAGAGAGAGAGAAGCAAGGUGCUUUCUGGGCACUUGGCCAACAUGUCUUGUUCUUGAAAUUCCUGCUCUUGAUGACUUUCCAUGCCUCUGUGAUUUUGAAUUUCACGUUGUCUUGGUAUAACGCUGUACUUUAAAAUGAUGAACGGAGGGUUUUUAUUCAGGACUUGAGGAAAAGUGAAAUGUCUCUUGCUGUCUUUCAC